AUGAAUAUCUGCAAUAAACCUCCUAAUAAGACAGUUCCAGAGAAUUUUGGCGACGCUGUUCCUGAGGUACAGGUCCAACGCGCUCGAAGGAAUGGCUGGAGCUGGCCUCUGCACCUUUUCCAGAUUAUUGCCUGGUUGCUGUACCUCUUCUUUGCAAUGGUUGGCUUUGGAAUCCUGGUUCCUCUCCUGCCCCACCACUGGCUGCCCGCUGGCUAUAUUUGUCCAGGAGUGUGUUUUAUCUACCAUUUAGUUGUUCAUCUUACUGCAGUCUCCAUUGAUCCUGCGGAUGCAAAUGUGCGAGAAAAAAACUAUCUGGGGCCUCUGGCCACCUUCAAUCGUAAUCAGCAUGCACAUGUCAUUGAAAACCAUCAUUGCCAUGUCUGUGAUGUAGAUGUGAGUGCCAAGUCAAAGCACUGUGGAACUUGCAACAAGUGUGUCUGUGGCUUUGAUCACCACUGCAAAUGGCUCAACAACUGUGUGGGAGAGAGGAAUUACUGGCUCUUUUUGAAUAGCGUGCUGUCUGCCAUUCUGGGCCUUGGGCUUCUGCUGCUCGUCGCUUGCUACGUCUUUGUGGAGUUCUUCAUUGACCCCAUGAUGCUUCGCUCCGACUGGCACUUUGAAGCUCUAAAAAACCACACGGACCGCUGGUUUGUGUUUCUUCCUGCAGCUCCUGUUGAGACUCGGGCAUCUGCCAUUUUGGUCACGGCUGGGAUAUUUAUUCUUCUGAGCCUAAUGACCGUGAUCCUGCUAGGCCACCUCUUGACCUUUCACAUCUAUCUUAUGUGGAACAAAUUGACUACGUAUGAGUACAUCCUGCAGCAGCGUCCCCAGCAAGAGGUGAAAGAGGUAGACAAGCAACUGGAGUCUUGUCCCUCCCAAGUGAGACCCAGUCAGGAGGCAGACUUUUUUUCAGAUAACCCUGGCUAUACAGACCCUGGUAUUCAAGUAGAGGAUUUCUCAACAGCAACUUCAGGAAAAAGCUUUUCAAAGCUCUAUGUCCGCAAUGAUGAAGCUGAACCCCCGCAGAGCUCCUCUCCUGACCUCUCAUCUCUUCACUUUGCAGUCCCUUCUCAGCAAAAGAAAAAAAGAAGAAAGAAGACACAUAGAGCUUCUUCCUCAGCAAUGGACAGCAGACCUAAAACACACACUAGACCUUGGCCCUUUUUCCCAGAUCCCCAGUCAGACAAUCCCAGAGGUGACAGGAAGAAGAAUCUGUAUUCUGGGCACAAGGUAAAAAGGAAAAGCUGCCAGCAAGACAGAUGCAUGGAACAAGACCUGGAACUUUUUUCCAAGAUUCCUGCUGUGUUUGUAAGUAAGAGCAGUGGAGAACCUCAUGUCUCUCAGCCCCAGCCCAGUGAGAGCACAUCCGAGCCACACCACAGAAAAUGCACCAGCAAGCAGCACGUGGGCAAACAUGAUCCAUGCUUUAAGGACAUAAGGACAAACACCACGGCGGCCUAG